CUCAUGAACCAGGAAGAACCUAUGGGAAGAACAUCUGUCAGUUUACGGGUUUACUGUCUAUGACAUGGUCAUACAUUUCAUCUACUCUUGCAAAUCUGUAUUAUGCUGACAUUUGCAUUAACGAUCGUCCGACAUGGGGAAACGCAAUACAACAGAGAUAAAUUGCUUCAAGGUCAGGGAAUUGACACACCACUGUCAGAGACGGGACAUAAGCAGGCGGCCGCAGCUGGCCAGUACCUCAAAGAUCUGCAUUUCACCAAUGUCUUUGUCAGUAACCUGCAAAGAGCCAUCCAGACAGCUGAAAUCAUUUUAGGAAACAACCUUCAUUCUUCUACGACUGAGAUGAUAUUGGAUCCUCUUCUCAGAGAGAGGGGUUUCGGGGUGGCAGAGGGAAGACCAAAGGAACAUCUGAAGAACAUGGCAAACGCAGCGGGUCAGGCAUGCCGAGAUUACACACCUCCCGGCGGAGAGACGCUGGAACAGGUAGAAAUUGAGCCUUUCUCUAGGAAAACCAGUCUUGAAUUAAUAUUGUGAAAUAUAUUAUUACAAUCUAAAACAACUGUAAUAUAUUUUAAAAUGUAAUUUAUUUCAUGUGAUCAAAGCUGUAUUUUCAGCAUUACACCAGUCAUAAUUAGUCACGGGGCGUUUAUUCGUGUGUCUGUGCGUCACCUAGUAGAGGACCUGCAGUGCUGUCUGCCAGCCGGCCUGAAGAUGAACCAGGUGUUCUCCCCGUGCCCGAACACUGGCAUCAGCAGGUUCAUCAUCACCCUCCGCGGAGAGGAGAGCGCCCGCAUCCAGUGUGUCUUUAUCAACAGAAAAGACCACCUGGAUGAUGUCAAAAACUCUGAUUAACAGUAUUAUGUGACCGUUUGGUUUAUCUGGCAUGGCCAGUGUUGUUAUUUAUUGCUCCUUAGACAUUCAACGACUGAAGCGAAAAGCACAGAUAAGUGUGUGUGAUUUGAUUUUAUUGUGUAAAUUAUUUAACUGCAGUGAUUUAUUUAUCCCGUCCCCUGACUGAACGCAAACAAUCGUAAGACGUCUUUUUGAUGUUCUCCGUUAUAUAAGCACUUUAUACUCGCACUACUGUGGUUUUGGCCUCUAGACUUCAUGCAUACUGAACAUAUAUAUUCAUUUAUAUGCAAUAAAGAGAUUCAGAGAAAUGUAAAGCUAA